AUGGGAGUAUAUGUGGAUUCAUGCUUCCUGAAGACCUUCCUUGGUGGGCAACUACUCUCAGCAGUGGGGAGAGACAUCAAUGAUCAAAUGUAUCCCAUUGCCUGGGCUGUGGUAGAAGGUGAGAAUAACAGCUCAUGGGAGUGGUUCUUCAAGCACUUGCAAGCAUGUUUAGCACUUGGAGAUGGCACAGAAUACUCAGUUGUCUCAGAUGAACAUCAGGCUAUUUUGAAUGUUGUUGCUACUGUGCUGUCAAAGGCUGAGCACAGGCAUUGUGCAAGACAUAUUUAUGCUCAUUGGAAUAAAAAUUACAAAGGAGAUGAAUUUAAGAAAUUAUUUUGGAAUAUAUCAUUCUCCUAUAAUAUGGCAGAUUACAAUGAGAAUAUGGCUGAGUUGGAGAAAGUUAAUGAGGCAACUGCUAUAGGUUUUAGGAGUUACAACCCUAAGGUAUUUUCUAGGGCCUUCAUGAAACCUGACACUAAGUCUGAUUCAAUAACAAAUAAUAUAGCUGAGACCUUUAAUGGAUAUAUCAUUAAUGCUAGUAUAAAACAUUUGAUUCAUAUGCUUGAGGAUACUAGGGCCCAGUUAAUGCAAAGGUUGGUUCAAAAAAGGGUAGAAAUGGAGAAAUGUACAACUGUCCUCUGUCAUAGGAUACAAAAAAAAUUAGAGAAAGAGAAGGAGACAGCAGCAAAUUGUAAUGUCCUCCAUUCAUCCACAACCUUGUUCCAAAUCAAUCACAACCUAGAUAGCUUGACUGUAGACUUGGAGAAAAAGUCAUGCACUUGUAGGAAAUGGAACAUGACUGGAAUACCAUGUUGUCAUGCCAUCUCUGCCAUUUUCUUCAGCCAUAUGCAAGCUGAGGACUUUGUUGAUGCUUGUUACAAGAAGGAUACAUGGGCAAAGGCAUAUGCAUGUUCAAUUCUACCUCUUGAAGGUGAGAGACAUUGGCCCAGGGUUGAAGUUCACCUAGAUCCACCUCCUAUUAAAAUUGGGCCUGGUAGGCCAAGAAAAAAUAGGAUCAAAGCCCCUCAUGAGGAUCCUAAAAAACCUGGAACUUUGUGGUAG